AGUCAGCCUGGGGACAGUCUGGUCAAAGCUCCUAACCUAAUGCCGAUGCCCAACUCAUUCUCAUACUUACUCCCAAGCUCCUGGAUUUUCACCUUCUGGGAAAACAACAGAGUAUGCCUUUGAGAUGGCUGUUUCACAUAUCAGAUAUGGAGCAGGAGUAUCAAAGGAAGUGGGCAUGGACCUACAAAACAUGGGGGCUAAAAACGUUUGCUUGAUGACAGACAAGAACCUCUCCCAGCUCCCUCCUGUGCAAGUAGUUAUGGAUUCCCUAGUGAAGAAUGACAUCGACUUUAAGUUUUAUGACAAUGUGAGGGUGGAACCAACAGAUUCUAGCUUCAUGGAUGCUAUUGAGUUUGCCAAAAAGGGAGCUUUUGAUGCCUACGUUGCUGUGGGUGGUGGCUCUACCAUGGACACCUGUAAAGCUGCUAAUCUGUAUGCAUCCAGCCCUCACUCUGAUUUCCUAGAUUAUGUCAACGCCCCCAUCGGGAAGGGACAGCCUGUGACUGUGCCUCUUAAGCCUCUGAUUGCAGUCCCAACUACCUCUGGAACUGGGAGUGAAACUACUGGGAUUGCUGUUUUUGACUACCAAAACUUGAAAGUAAAAACUGGUAUUGCUUCACGAGCCAUCAGACCCACACUGGGACUGAUCGAUCCUCUGCACACCCUCUACCUUCCAGACCGGGUGGUCGCCAACAGUGGCUUUGAUGUGCUUUGCCACGCCCUGGAGUCAUAUACUGCCCUUCCCUACCACAUGCGGAGCCCCUGCCCUUCGAAUCCCAUCGCUCGGCCGGCGUACCAGGGCAGCAACCCCAUCAGUGACAUCUGGGCAGUCCAUGCGCUGAGGAUUGUUGCUAAAUAUCUGAAGAGGGCUGUCAGAAAUCCUGAUGAUGUUGAAGCAAGGUCUCAGAUGCACUUGGCAAGUGCUUUUGCUGGCAUUGGAUUUGGAAAUGCUGGUGUUCAUCUGUGCCAUGGAAUGUCAUACCCAAUUUCGGGCUUGGUGAAGACAUAUAAAGCAAAGGCUUACAAUGUGGAUCACCCGCUGGUGCCCCAUGGCCUCUCUGUGGUGCUCACAUCCCCAGCGGUGUUCACUUUCACAGCCCAGAUGUUUCCGGAGCGGCACCUGGAGACGGCAGAAAUAUUGGGAGCCGACGUCCGCACUGCCAGGAUCCAAGAUGCUGGGCCUGUGCUGGCAGACACGCUCCGGAAAUUCUUAUUCGACCUGGACGUGGACGACGGCCUAGCCGCCCUCGGCUACUCCCCGGCCGAUAUCCCCGCGUUAGUGAAAGGAACGCUGCCCCAGGAAAGGGUCACCAAGCUUGCACCUCGUCCCCAGUCAGAAGAGGAUCUGUCUGCUCUGUUUGAAGCUUCAAUGAAACUAUAUUAAUUGGCAUUUUAACUGAAAGAAUUACCAUUGGCCAUCGUGGUUCUGAAAACAAAAGUUGAUCUAGCUAGUGAUUUGUCUUUUCAUCUUCACACACACUUGCCUGUUACCAGUUUGAAUGUGAUCUAAUUUUAUCCUGUAGCAGACUCCCUGAUGCAUGGAGUCAAGCUACUUCCAUAAAACAGGCUGGACAAAUACCCACUAUGUCAGACCCCUGGGCCAGACUUCAGGGGUCAGUGUUCCUGCUCCAAACCCCACAGAAUACUCCUGCUCCAUGUAUCAGUAUCUAUCAAAAUGUAAACGUACAACGUAAAUGUACACAUUCUAUGCCCAGUAACUGCAUGUCUAGAAAUUUAUCUUACACAAAUACUAGCACAAGUACAUAAAGAAACAUUGCAAGUAUGUUUCUAGCCGCACUUUUUCUAAAAAUAAAAAAUUGAAAC